AUGGCUGUAAAUAACGAUGAAUUUGCAAAUGUGGAAACAGAGAUCGUUAAAGGUGAACAGGAUGAUGUAUUGAAAGAAUAUUCACAAUUGAAAAAGGAAAGAAUACAGAAGCCUCAUGCGAAAGCAUUAGCUUUGAAAAUCAUAAAAUAUGAUAUACCACAAGUAACUGCAAAAUCUGCAUCUCUUCGCAUCGAGGAAUUAGCACGACCUACCAAACAACGUGCAUUGAUCACAUUAAGAGAGAAAAUACCAAUAUUGUCGCCAGCAUUUGUGAAUAAUCUUAUUAAAAUUAUUGAGGCUGAAUCCUGCUUAACUCCAGAAGAAGCAGCGCACAGUCUUCGCUGGAAGAAACGCGGAAAGAAAAAGUUAACACAAUUUUCACCCCUCAUGAAAAAAUGGAAGAAAAAGAUCACGGAAGAUAUUACAUACGCAACAAUGCUAGACAAGGAUGCGACAAUGUGUCAAUAUCUAAUAGCUGAACACUUUAUUAAGAGCAUUCUUGGACAUCAAUGUCAAACACCAAAGAAGGAUAUUUGUAAAAUCGCGACUGUGAUAUUUAGACAUUUAACGUCUCUUAAUAGAUAUAUAACAAAUGUUCAAAAUGGCGAUCGGACGACGCAGCAGUUACGCUUUUUGGCUGAUAUAGUAGCUUGCUGGAUAGCUGAGAUACUUAUUGAAGUUGCUGAGAUCCAUAAAGAAACUUUGGAGGAAUAUUUUAACAAAAGACAGAUGAAAAUGAUAGAAGUAAAUGAUCAAAUAAAUAGUGAAAAUGAAGAUUGGCAACAGAUAGAUCAGGAAAAAGAUAGAGAAGAAAAAGAUGAAAAUAUAGAAGAUAAAGCAAGAGAACAAGAUAUAGAAACAAAAUAAUUGAAUGAAAAAGUGCAAAAUGA